CUGCAUCACAUCCGGCUGUGAUUGGGAGUCCCAUAAGGCGGCGGCACUUGCACUGAGAUGCAGUGCCUUAGACCGCUGCGCCACUCGGGAGCCACUGCCAGGUGCAACAGUUUAAGUGGGUCAAGAACUGCAGCGCUGCUGGGUUUUUCACGCUCAACAGUUUCCUGUGUGUAUCAAGAACGGUCCACCACCCACAGGUCAUCCAGCCAACUUGACACAACUGUGGGUAGCAUUGGAGUCAACAUUGCCCAGCAUCCCUGUCGAACGCUUUCGACAUCUUGUAGAGUCUAUGGGCAAAAAAGGGGGAUGGGGGGGUGCGACUCAAUAUUAGGAUGGUGUUCCUACUGUUGGUAUGCUCAGUGUAAGUCAUCUAUGCAUCAUGGGCUAGGCUCUGACAAUGGGAAUUCCAAACCACCAGUUUGUAUGACUCAUUUAAAAAUGUAUAGAAAGACCAAAGUCUUGGGGUAAAAUGGGGAUCCUUUUUAAUCCUCAUAUUAUUUUUUUUAUUUUUUUUCACCUUUAUUUAACCAGGUAGGCUAGUUGAGAACAAGUUCUCAUUUGCAACUGCGACCUCCAACAUGUAGUUAUUAGCCAGUCAACUUGUCACAAUGUUUGCUAGGAGCUUAUUCCUUUUGUAACAGGAAAUAAAGCAAUAUGGCACACAGUCUUAAAAAUAGCUUUUCAUUGAUGAAACGAUAUUCCUGAGAAAAUGCAGUGUUUUAUGCCUUGAGAACAGCAUAUUUGUGUGUGUGUGUGUAUGCACAUGCAUGUGCGUGGGUAUGUGACAGAAAGAAAUAUGUGUGUGAGAGAGAAGCAACAAAGGGAGCUCUUUAUAGCACAAGCACAAAAGAGCUUGGGAUUUACUGUAUGCUGGCAGGGGCAGUGUACCCAGAACAAUAUGGUUAAAAUGAGUUAGAUUGCGACAACCAAUCCCCAUUUUUUUUUCAUAACGGAGUUGAUAGUAACAAUCCCCGAUUCCAUGUGACAACAAUCCCCAAACCUAGCAAAAAUGCUAACUAUAAUGCUAGUUACCACAUUGCUCACAUCUGUAGCCAUGAAAUGCUUUGAAAGGUUGGUCCUGGCUCACAUUAACACCAUCAUCCCAGACACCCUGGACCCACUCCAUUUCUCAUUGCAAUAAAAUGCAAAUGAAUUACUUAAAAAUCAUACAAUGUGAUUUUCUGGAUUUUUUGUUUUAGAUUCCGUCUCUCACAGUUGAAGUGUACCUAUGAUACAAAUGACAGACCUCUACAUGCUUUGUAAGUAGGAAAACCUGCAAAAUCAGCAGUGUCUCAAAUACUUGUUCUCCCCACUGUAUAUUUGCAUAUGUAUGCAUACGUGUAUGUAUAUGGAUAUACAGUAUUUUAUUACCAAAAAAAGAUAUGGGGGAUAGGAACUGAUGCAGACAAUUACAUUGAUGGAAGCAACAAUCUUUCCGCAAUAUUAAGCUGAUCCACCCCUUAAAAAAAAAUACAUGCUCACACACACAAAACAUACACACACAUGCAUAUUAACGACGCACACACACACUCACACAUAGACACACUUUCACACUCUAAACAUCCGCUGCUGCUACUCUGUUUGUUAUCCGUUUAUCUAUCCUGAUUGCCUAGUCACUUUUACCCCUACCUACCUCUACAUUACAUAUGACCUCAAUCACCUCAACUACUUCGUACCCCAGCACAUUGACUCGGUACUGGUAGUCCUUGUAUAUGACCUCAUUGUUGUUAUUUUAUUGUGUUACCAUUUCCUAUUUAUUUUUGCAAAUGUUCUUACUAUUUAACUCUGCAUUGUUGGGAAAGGGCUUGCAAGACCACACCUGUUGUAUUCGGCCCAAGUGAUGAAUAUAAUUUGAUACUUCCAUAGUUCAAGAAAAUAGCAACACAUAUAAAAACACAUACAGUACAUUCCCGUCACCUAAAUGUUUUGCCAUGCCGAUAUUAAUUGACCAGGUGGAUGAGUUCUUUCCAAAAAUUCACACAUUUUAAGUUUAGAAUUAUUACACAGUGCCCUCUGGAUUGGUAGUAAUAAGCACCGGGACAACCAACCCCAUGAUACAAUCAACCGUGGUCUCCCCUAAGUAGCCUUGCAUGAGCGAGCCGGAACAGCUCAUAGGAGCAGGAGCCUAUCUCCUGUGUCUGUAGCGUGAGGCAGCUUGAUGUACAAGUACAGCCCCUGGAAAGUAUGUGGCUAGUCUAUAGCAGAGCCUUACCCCCCAAUCAUAUCUCCUUAAUGCUACCUGCCUUUCAGAGACACAUCAGGUCCCAUUUUCACAGUCUUUGGUAUGAGUCUGCCUGGGAUCAAACUCUCAACCUUCCGAUCUCAGGGCGGACACUCUAACCACAAGGCCACUGAGUUGAUGCUGUUAUUACAGGUUAAUCUACAAACUACUUGCAUGCAUGUGAAAACAUAAACAUUGAUUUGAAGUGAAUCUGCUGUGUGUAAGUCGAGCAAUAUUUAUGAGCAGUAGCUUAUGAAACAGAUAUGCAUGCAUACCGUAUGUAACCUCUCUGUCAGUGUUAUUAAAAACAGACAAUUGUUAUUCUGCAAAACACCUGCGCAAAUGAACUGAAUAUGGUUAUGCUCAUCAGAUGAGUGCAUGCUCAUUCAAACAGCAUGGUAAGAUGGUCAUGGAAGUCAAUUGCAAUAUAAGAACCUCUCCGGUAUAUUGCUCUCCAAGUCUGCAUUCUCCAUGAACUUGACAUGAAACUGACAUUGUACCAAUUGUACCAUGUGUAAAUGACACACCACUGAAAAUGACUUACGGUCUCAUUCAACAUUUGGGGAAGGUAGGCAAAUUCAUGUUUCUUAGUAAUAGUAUAUACAUAGAUAUGACAAAACUCCACAUUUUAGUCACAAUUCACACCUAUCAAGCCUGACUCAUCAUAACUGGAGAAGAGCUUACCUUCAGUGCAAGGGGGAAGUCCCAGACAAUGCAUUGUGGUUGCACCCAAAUCAGCCCCUAACUCAAAUACAUGUAGCCCAAGGUCACUGCAAGAGGGGCACAUUUCAAGCUGAGAUCCUUAGAUGUCUUUCUUCUCUCUGUAGGUAAGUCAUACGAUAUUGUGUUUUAUUACAUUGGGCAUUGUUAUUCUAUUCCAUUACGAGAUGUAUUUUUAGUUACAAGUGAGCUGGUUAUUAAUGAGUAAGCACUUGAUGGUUUAUAACUUUUUCAAAGAUGGAUGGAUGUUGUCUUUGAUUAUUCAUAGACCACCUGGGAAUGGUAUUGAGGGAAAACAUAAAUAAUGUUUACUUAUCGGAUAUCCAGAAUUAAAGAUCAACAUCAUGCCUUGAAUACAUGACUUAAGCAAUGAGCCAUUGCUUAUGCUAUAGAGUGUUACACCAACAAAGACACCACCAUGUGUGGUAAAAGGAAUGAAUAAUCAGUAAAGGCGUUAAAUGGUAUUGUUGGAGAAUGAUUUAGGCAAAUUCACAGAUAAGAACAAAUGUAUAAGUCAAUUUUAUGAAGUUGAAGACCAAGGCGAGGCGUAGCUUUAUUUGUCGAGCGUGUCAUUUCUCCAGCUCAGUGAUUUUGUGCCCAGUAGAGCACAGCGCAGUAUGCCUCUGUCAAGAAACGUGCAUUUAAAUCGUUGAAGUUUUGUAUAGAGGCUUGUCCUCUCUUCUGAUACCUUCUAGAGUUUCUUGGACAGAAUAAUAUAUUGGACAUGAGUAAAUCAUCAUUUUUUGUAUCCAGUUUGUUUGAGCCUGCUUGUCUGCCUGUAGACGAACCCACACCAUCUAAAAGUAAAGAAGAAAAAUAGAACACAAAAUCUAAGGAAGUCCAUCAUAAAGUAAUGUCAAAUCUGGAAGCCUAACACCCCCCAAAAUCAACUUGAUUAGUGUCAGGUUUGAAACAAUCCCAACCAAGUGAUACAAAGCUGAUUACGCAAGGAUUCCAUGAACUGACACUGAUUUCCCUCUGCCUGUCAUUCAGUGAGUCAGAGUGUGAGUUGACACCCGAGCUGAGCCAUGGGGUUAGGCUGUCCUGAGGGUCACUUCUGGGAUGGCCUGGUCAGGAAGUGUAUGACCUGUCAGAUGGUCUGCCAGCAGCCUCACCACCACCUCAGAUGCAUCGAGUUCUGUGUGUCUCUAGGGUGUAAGGCAGUCCCAGGGCAGUACUACGACAGGCUGUUGAAGAAGUGUCUGACUUGUGCUGUGGUGUGUGGCAACCAUCCCUCAGAGUGUUCCCACCAAUGUCAGACCCAACAGCCUGACUUGAACGCAACCUUAAGGCCUGUGGACGGGACAGUCUUCCAGAACCCUACCACCAAGGGGGGCUCCCUACUCAGUGGUCUGCCUAACUCAGUCAUCCUGGUGUACUCUCUGCUGGGCUUGUGUCUGGCUCUGCUGCUGUUGACCGUGUCUUUGGCCCUGCUUGUGCUGCUGAGGAGGGCCAGCGCCAGAGGUCCCCGACCAGGGGCCACACAGAGCAGUCCCACCCAGGGCCGUGGAAGCCAGGAGGCCCAAGAGCCUAACCAGCACAGCAAGUCCUCCAAAGACAACCUGAUGGAUCCAUCCCUGCCCAAGCUGAACAGUGUGACAGCGGGCCGUUCGUCCAGCCCCAUAGAGACCUGUGUGUGUGUCCACUGCUUCCCUGACCUCAGAGUGCCUGGCAGAGGAGAGAAGCAGCAGAGACCCCCUCUGACCCUCUACCAGCAGGCUGUCCCCCAGGACGUUCACACUUGUGGAUCAUCACAGAAAAUCAUCUGCUCCCCCUCUCAGCCUAGCUUCUGACAGGAGCAGAACUGAAACCGACUGGACACUACAACAAUCAUAGAGAUCCUAUUGAAUUACUGGAGGGGCUAUGUCACAAACCCUCAAAGUUCCAUAAUGGGGUGAAAAUGGCAGCAAUCUUGGUCAGGGAGAAAUCCAAAAACCAGUGUAAUUGGAAUGAAUGGCAGAGGCAUAGGUGACACAUUUCCUGCUUUUACCUAUGCAGGAAAAUAAAAGUAAGGCAGGUGAUGUAUUAAAUGUGUAAUGUAAUUAUAGUCAACCUAAAAUAGUAUUGUAAUUAUAAAAACUUUUGAUACUGGUUUUACACCAAUUUUCUGUACAAAUACAUGUAAACAGAAUAUGUCUGACUUCGUUUUCUUGGAAAACGGUGUGCUACUCUAUGAUACAAUAUCAUUACUUGUUGCAUUUAGGUCUCGAAGUCAUAUCAUCAACUGAUUUGCGCCAGUGUAUGGCUGUGUAUUGACUGCCUUGUUUGAACGGAAUGUUUGCUUGUUGGCAGUUAAUUAGAAACAUUCAUGGUGUCAUUCCUCAAAAACUGGUUGGCCAGCUAGCUAGCAAACACCCAUACUGUCAUGCCCUGAUCUGUUUCACCUGUUCCUGUGAUUGUUUCCACCCCCUCCAGGUGUCGCUUAUUUUCCCCAGUGUAUUUAUCCCUGUGUUUCCUGUCUCUCUGUGCCAGUUCGCCUUGUAUGUUUCCAAGUCAACCAGCGGUUUCCCCGUUCUCCUGCAUUCCCCUUUUUCUAGUCCUCACGGUUUUGACCCUUGCCUGUUUCUACUCUUUGUACCCGCCUGUCUGACCACGAGCCUGUCUGCCACUCUGUACCUCCUGGACUUUGACCUUUUUGCCUGUCCCUUUGGAUUAAUUAACUUUGUUAGACUCCAACCAUCUGCCUCCUGUGUCUGCAUUUGGGUCUCACCUUGUGCCUUGAUACACACAGAGCAGAUCGAUCCUUCACAUUCAUUGUUUUACACUAUCUUAACACAGCACUGGCAAACCAAGGAUGACCAACUCCCUGACCAUCAUGAGGUUCAUGGCCAUUCUAGUAUUAUAAUUCCUAAUUAUCGCAAUGAACAACCCUAGACAGAUUUGACACCAUCCACUCCAGGGUAGUUUCCCCUAGGUACAGAUCUAGGAUCAGCUUGCCCUCCACAAUCCUAACCUGAACCAUUACGAGGG